AUGGCACAAAGUUCCUUGCGCGAUCCUGCGUUCAACCGCUACGGAGAGAUGUUGCGCCUGGGCCAGGAGCGGCAGCUAACAGAAGCAGAUGCCCCGGCAUUGGAAGUCAACGACAUCCCCGCCCGCAACAGCCGGACUUUGGGCGCGGCGUGGGAGCUCCACGUGGGUGGCCCACGCCCCUUCCUGCGAAGCCUCUGGAGCGUCCACAAGGCCCAGAUCAUCCUGAUGGGGGCCUUCCAUGGCGCUGAGCUCAGCAUCGGUUUCGUGGCUCCGCUGCUCAUCCGGCCGAUGAUCGACAACCUGGACACUUCUUCAGUUUGGAUGGGGCUUUUGUACGCGAUGGCUUUGGCAUGCGGCCCUGCCUUGCAGAACUUGUGUUCGAGCCAGUUUUCUUUCCUCGGCCGUCAAGUCGGCCUUCGGUGCAAAGGAGGGGCCUCCUGCCUGGUCUUUGACAAGAUCGUCCGGCUGUCGCAGCCGUCCUUUGCCGCCUACGGGCAAGGAAAGCUGUCGAACCUGAUCCAAGUCGAUACAGGCCGUCUGCAGGACUUCUUUUACUUCAUCAACUUCUUGUUCUCCAUGCCGUUUAUGUUCCUCAUCGGCAUGUCACUCCUGUUCAACAUGCUGAGAUGGGCGGCGCUCGUGCCCAUUCUGAUCAUGAUUGCCACAUACCGGUUCAACAAGCUGUUGACCAAGAGGCUCAUGGUGCUCAGCUCAAAGCUCAACCGGGCCCGGGACGAGCGCGUGAAGAUUGUCACGGAAGUCUUGCACGCCAUGCGCCUUUGCAAGAUGUUGGGCUGGGAGCCCCAGAUCGCCGAGAUGGUGGAGACCCGGCGCGUGGUGGAGCUGCAGACGCUGAGGCGCCUCAAGUCGUGGCAGCUGGUCAUCGGCCUCCUGCGUCUCGGUUCAGCAGCGGAGCUGCUUUUGCAUUUGAGGGCAGAUCUGGUGCCCCGGUGUGCCAAGAGUUGGAUGCCCCUCAACUGUGCUUCCGGACCCUGCAGGGUACUGGCUUUCCGGGCUGAAGCUGCUAAACGAGUCUGGCCGGGUGUUGUGGGAGCCGAAGCCCACGAAACUCCGAAGCCCCAAACGCCAAAACUUUAUGAAGCAUGA